CGUCAGAAGGGCAUCGGCAGUCGGCAGAAUUGACCCUAGUUACAAAUGCCCUUUUCAUCCCUGAUUACAAGGAAUUAGCUAUAUUCUCAUGGAUUGAAUGUCGGGAAUAAUUGUCACUGACAAAGACAAUACUCGCUGAUCAUUACUGCCACACUGAGAUGUCGGGAGAGACGAGUUCACAGGUGAGAGAAUUGGCUAGUUAGCUAGCACUCUGCAUAACAUUCAUACCAGUGAUAACAUUCCGCGCAGUGAGGCAUGCGCCAUUUUUACAGCCAACCCGAAACGCGCUGAUUGGUUUACUCACGCGCCCUUCUGCACCUCCGAGCUUUACCAUUGGAUAAUACAUCUUAUAAAUCAAAGGGUUUACAUUAGAAAUAACAUCUGCCUCACCAUCAGCAGCCACACCCAUUGAACCUGUAGAUUAUACGUUUAUAUAAUGUUAUGUUUAGCUGUCCUUUUCUAGUGGCAGAUUGACAGUUCCUGUAGUAAAAAUUAUAUGUGCGUUCAUUCAUGAAACUAGCCCUAAAUAACAGCAUAAUAUGAUGUUGCUCCCUGUCAGAGCUUCUAGAGUUGCUGUACUAUAUGCCUGCAACCAAUGUUGCCUGCGUAGUAACCCGGAGACUGCCGCGCAGAAAUAUCAACACAGAGAGAAGGACGAGAUUGAAUUGAACUCAACUUUCUAGAGCAGUGGUCACCAACCGGUCUAUCGCGAUCUACUGGUCGAUCUCCAAGGCAUUCCUAUUCGAUCGCCAAACAUUUCUGUAAAAACCCCAAAGAUAAAGCCUUGAGUUUUCGUCUGGGCUGUUAGCGGUAGGUACUCCCGAUUCAGCUGCCAUGCGUGCCGGAUAGGCGAACUGUUGCCAGUUUGAACCAUUUCAUGUGUCUGAAGGUACAAACUCUGCCUUCCCGGCGGGCCCAGAGAGCAAACCAAGUGCACUAUGGGUUACCGCUGGCCAAUCGGAUGGCUCAGAUGACCGUGUCUGCAGUAAUGUAGCAGGCACAAGAAAUCUACAGCCAAAUGGAUACUAUGAGAUUUCAAAACGUUUAAAACCAUGACUAGAGAGAGACUGUCAACGAAUACAGCAAAGAGCUGCUGUUUUUAUGAGUGAGCAUAUGUUUAAAUUCUUACUCAGCACUGUCAACACUUUGUAGUCAACACUUUUAUAAGCUAUUUCCACUCAGCGCUACAACACGCACUGCAGCAGUAAUGAAUGAGUAGGAAAGUGUAUCUAUAGGCUUGCGUUGUUGUUAUUAUUAGCGGCUUGAGUCUUUUUUUAAUAUCGAUGAAUACAUCACUUUCUCUGUUCGUAGGAGUAACAACAUGAAUUUGUGCAUGAAGCAGAAAUAAUGCUGUGCGAUUCGAGUUUCGCCAUCAGCUGGUAGACGGUGUCCUUUUUUGGUCAGUGUCCCUUAUUGGUCAGUGUCAGUGGAGGAAAGGGAGAGCAGAGGGCUCUUGAGGCUGACCCUCAGUCUGCUGCUCUCUCCCUCUGCUGAGACUGACCAUCAGAUGCAGGCACCAUCAGCCCAGUAAAAUGUAAAUAAAAAGCAAUUUAUUUAAAUGUAUGCUCACUCAGCUGUCCGUCACAAGUAAUACAACAACGGAUCUAUUACCGGUGUGAUAUAUAGCCUACCUCAAAUUUUUAAUAUAAUUUUAAGAAAUGGCCUGAACAACAAUGCAUUGGCAGGGCAAUUUAAGCAAAGCCAAUAUGUGGUGAUAAUGGAUUGGGCCUAUAGCUUGAAUAAACAGGUUAAUGUCAAGCUCUGCAUGUUUUUUCCAAAAAUCUCAUGGAUUGUAGCCCUGCAUUGAACACCACACAUUGGCUGCUACUGUAGACUGAAUGAUAGAACAGCUAUUUCCAUGUUAAAAUGUUAUGGAAUGCCUUUUCUCCAUAGUUUUUGAUAGUAGGCCACACUGGUAGGCCUACAUUAUGAUCAAAUAGCCACAGUAGCCUGCAUGCCCACAGUAACUUAAAGCAGGGUACAGCCUCAGUGUUCACAGUAAACACGCGCUGAAAGAAUUUUCACAACGUUCAAGUUUGCGCUCAGCAGACCUGACAUUUGCUCAGUGCCUAAUUUUUUUUGAGGGAACAUUGCCUGCAACAUCCAGUGUGUCAAUUCUUGUCUUGUCCUAUAAAAACUAAAGGUUGCCAGCUUUGAAUGGGAUCAGAUUUAAACAGAAAAAUCUAUAUUCUUUUCAUAUCGGCGCUUUCCACAUACAUACAUGUCUAUUUCGUAACCAUUUGGAAAAUGCUUAAACAAAGGAUCUUACUGAAGUCCAUCACUACCCCUCCCUGCUCAGAAUAACUGACACAAUGAAUCGGCACUCUUGACUUAUCAGCUAGGACCAGGGAGAUGGGGGUGUAGGAAGUUAAGAGGCAUAGUUGUUGAGUAUCUCUAGGGCUAGGUUAUAUGUCUUGCCACUGCUCCCCACAUAGACACAGCAGGCUUUCACAGCUCUACAGACGACACAAAGUGCUGCUCUGCGUGUAGAAGCUAAGGUUUACUGAGAACGAUGGAGGGACCUUAUAAGUACAUCAGGGUAAGAGGAAAGCAAUUCAAGCAGAGUUUAUAUUUAUUUUAUUAUAUGGAGCAGUUAUAUGUGGAGUUGGGACAAUAUGAAGGGAAUAACUGCCAUGAACUGCAACUACAUGUAGAAGUUUAAAAACUCCAUUAUUGGAAAAAUGGCUGUUGUAAUGUAUUGCUUUCAUGUGUUUUUCCAACAGGAUGGGAAUGGGAAAGUUAGCCGGGUCAUAAGGAUUGGAACCAGAAAGAGCCAGGUAAGAUACCUUUGGUGGUUUAGUGGAACCAAAUUUCAUUUUAUUUUAGAUUUCAGGUAAUGUAAUUUUUCACUUUCAUUUUUUUUCCAGUGUCAGUAAAACAACUGUAGAGUUUAACUUUUGAAUGGCGAAACAGCUUUUGAAUGGGGGGCACAGAGCGUGGCAACUCCUUAUCAGAUAAGGUUCCCCUCUCUGUUCCCUCAGAUACAGCAGUCAAGGACGUCUACACCUCCUGUAACAGAGAUAGUCCAUUCACUGCUCCAAGAAUGUCUAGCCUUUUACUACAGCUUCCCACUGAUUUGAUAACGCACGGCUGAACAUUUGCUUCCUGAAUAGCCUAUGAUAUUCAGUAUUAUCCAAGAAGUGAACUAGCUAGAAACCAACCAUCCAAAAUGCACACACACACAAGUUAUGUCAUCCAAAUUGAAUUGAUUUCUGUUAAUUUGUUGACCUCAGCUGGCUCGUAUUCAGACGGACAGCGUUGCAGAAAAGCUGAAGGGACUGUACCCCGAUGUCCACUUAGAAAUAGGUGAGUCCAGGUGUACGGCAAUACACUCUUAGAAAAAAAGGUGCUAUCUAGAACCUAAAAGAGUUCUUCGGCUGUCCCCAUAGGAGAACCCUUUGAAGAACCCUUUUGGGUUCCAUGUACAGAGGAUUCUACUUGGAACCCAAAAGAGUUCUACUUGGAACCCAAAAGGGUUCUACCUGGAACCAAAUAGGGUUCUCCUAUGUCAACAGAUGAAAAACAACAACUUUGGAGAAAAUAAAUGUGUGUAUGAAAAAAAGGUUUUAUACUGUAUAUACAGGUAACUGCCAAAAUAAUGGAAAGACUUGAGUAAAUGAAGGACACAAAUUAUAUUGAAAGCAGGUUCUUCCACACAGAUGUGUUUCCUGAGUUAAUUAAGCAAUUAACAUCCCAUCAUCCUUAGGGUCAUGUAUAAAAAUGCUGGGCAGGUAAUUAUUUAGGCAAUUAUUUGGGCUACCAUGGCUAUGCCGCCAUAGGAUGACAAUGCCCCCAUACACAGGGCAUGAGUGGUCACUGAAUGGUUUGAUGAGCAUGAAAACAAUGUAAACCAUAUGCCGUAGCUGUCUCAGUCACCAGAUUUCAUCCAAAUCUAAGAGUUAUGGAAGAUUCUGGAGCGGCACUUGAGACAGCGUUUUCCAUCAGCAUUAACAAAACACCAAAUGGUGGAAUUUCUUGUGGAAGAAUGGUGUUGCAUCCCUCCAAUAGAGUUCCAGACACUUGUAGAAUAUAUGCCAAGGUGCAUUGAAGGUGUUCUGGCUCGUGCUGGCCCAAUGCUCUAUAAAGACACUUUAUGUUGGUGUUUCCUUUAUUUUGGCAGUUACCUACAGUGAGGGAAAAAAGUAUUUGAUCCCUGCUGAUUUUGUACGUUUGCCCACUGACAAAGAAAUGAUCAGUCUAUAAUUUUAAUGGUAGGUUUAUUUGAACAGUGAGAGACAGAAUAACAACAAAAGAAUCCAGAAAAAUGCAUGUAAAAAAUGAUAUAAAUUGAUUUGCAUUUUAAUGAGGGAAAUAAGUAUUUGACCCCCUCUCGAUCAGAAAGAUUUCUGGUUCCCAUGUGUCUUUUGUUGUUAUUCUGUCUCUCACUGUUCAAAUAAACCUACCAUUAAAAUGAUAGACUGAUCAUGUCUUUGUCAGUGGGCAAACGUACAAAAUCAGCAGGGGAUCAAAUACUUUUUUCCCUCACUGUAUAUGUUCUGUUAUUGAUAGUGCAGUAAUCUUUGACUAUGGAGAUGCAUCACCAAUAAGUUAUGUACAAUACAGUAAUUAAACGACUAUAUCACUUUGAAUAUGUCCUUCUCUUUCUGUGUCAGUUGGCAUGACAACUACAGGGGACAAAAUCCUUGACACAGCGUUAUCAAAGGUAAAUCUGUUUAUAAACUAAAGUGUGCCUCAUCAGAACUAAAUUGUUUCCCAAAUUGUUCAUUUGACUUGACUCAGUAGUGUGCGAAAACCACUGGCACCUCUAUUGUUAUUCAAGAUAAUUUAUUUUACACUGUGUACAUAUAAACUUAUGGUCUGAACUGGAAAUGUUAUGGGGUUAACAGUUAGUAACCUAUAUGCUUUCUAAAUGCAGAUUGGAGAGAAGAGCCUUUUCACCAAGGAGCUGGAGACCGCUCUGGAGAGGAACGAGUAAGUCUAAUUUUGUCUUCUGGAACUGGCAUUUCAGUUGGAUCCACACAACCAACAACUCAUUUUCAACGUUAAAGAAAAACUAUAGAAAAUGUUCAAAAUUAAUAACAAAAAUGGUUGAUGUAUUGAUUGCGUAUGUCUUCACACCCCAGAGUUAAUACUUGCUGGAAGCACCUUUGGUUGCCAUUACAGCUGUGAAUAAUUUUGAAUAAGAUUCUACCAACUUUGCACAACUCUUAGGGCAACAUACAUUCAUUGUUUUUGUCAAAAUGUCUCAAGCUCAGUAAGUUUGGGUGGGAUCAUUGAUGGACAGCAAUAUUCAAACCUUGUCUCUGAUUUUCAAGCAAAGUCAGGACUGAGGCUCGACCACUCAUGAACAAUCGACACCUCUUGAAAAGCAAUUCACUAGGCACUGUACAUUCAAACUGUAGGCUACAUUACUAUUAGGAAAGCUACUACUGUCGAGGUACUUUCUUUAUUACAAUGUAAUGGCAUACAUUUUGAGUAGCUUCAAAAUGUCAUUAAUGUCUUCAAGACUUUGUUUUUUAGUUUUUUUUUACUCUUCACUCUGAAGUGUAGCAAAAUAAAUGACUCUGUUGUGAUGUGUCUCCUAUAGGGUAGAUUUGGUGGUCCACUCUUUGAAAGACUUGCCCACGACUCUACCUCCUGGCUUUACCAUAGGAGCUGUGCUAAAGUAAGUCGACACAAUAGUGCCUCUGUAAGGAUCCACAGAGAAAUCAAACACACUGUCCUAAUUCAUCUGGGCCUCUUUUGUUGGUGUUCAAACCUUUGAACAUACUGAUUUACAUUUACAUUAACAUUUUAGUCAUUUAGCAGACGCUCUUAUCCAGAGCGACUUACAGUUAGAUUUGAUGUGAAACACUAUCAGUUUUACUCACAUAUUGUAAAAUAUUUAAAUAUAUUUUUUUCUAAGUUUUUACAGGUUCCUACACAUAGAUGUCAUUGAAAAUAUAGAUUUGAAAUCAUGAUCUAGCUAGCCUAGCUAUGUGUAUAUACAUGUAUUUUGAAUAUUCCAAGCGCACUAGUGUAUAACUUUCUGAAAAUCUAUUAUUGUAGGAUUUCUUCACCACUACUGUGGAAUGAAGUAGCCUCAGAUAUUUUCAUGGUAAAUCGUUUUUUUCUUCCUGUUCUUUUAAGGCGGGAGAAUCCCCAUGACGCAGUGGUCUUGCAUCCCAAAAACAAGGGAAAAUCCCUUGACACCCUGCCCGACAAGAGGUACAAAACACAGUUGAAUUUUACUCAUGAUAUUGUUUGAUUAUUUUCCAAUCUGUUUUAAAGAAGGAGUGGCUUGACAGUGAUCUUGAUGUGGUUAUUUCAUAGUGUGAUAGGCACAAGUUCCCUGCGACGGGCUGCUCAGCUAAAGAAACGAUUCCCUCACCUGGAGUUUAAAGAUAUUGUAUCCUUUCUCUCACUGCUACUUUCAUUCACUGCCACUCACAGUAUAGCAAAGGAUCAAAACAGGAUCUUCAUUUCAAAUCUGAUGCACAUCAUAUCAGUAAUGAAUACAUCCUAUAGAGAGUUGUGAGUUUGUUUCCUUAGUGUGUUUUCUUCCAGCGAGGAAACCUCAACACAAGGUUGAAGAAGCUGGAUGAAAAGGACGACUUCUCUGCCAUUAUUCUGGCUGCAGCUGGACUCCGUCGCAUGGGCUGGGAUAGCCGAGUCAGCCAGGUAGCUACUUCCAACACUCCACAUCAAAACACCUUGUCCAUACCAUAGAGAUAAAUCAAGAUUCAUCUUAAUUCAUCAAGAUUCAAUUGUAUGUGGUUUUUAGACAAUAUCUAAGCCUAUAUAUAGCCUAUAGCUAGGGCACUGAGUUUUUCCAAGUGUUCACAUGGUCAUGGAAAACCUCCUGGCCCUACAUAAUGUAUCCACCUACCUAGAAUAUUGGGCAGUUAUCUUUAAUUUCUGUCUUUGCAUUUGCAGAUCCUGGGCCCUGAGGACUGUAUGUACGCUGUUGGACAGGUGGGUAGAUUUACUUUAUGAAGGAGAAAUGGGCAACUUUAACUCUAAUACCUGUGGUCCUUAAUCCAUUGUGUAAUAACAAAAAAACGCUAAAUUGUUGUUAAAACUGAAUAUUUUACCCUGAAAGGGUAUAUCAGAGUUACUAACCCAUUGUCAUUAGGCCUUUGGCCUAGACUCCUUUUGGCACUGUAUAUGUGAGGAUUAUAAUUUUCAGCGUGGUCUUAACUGACUGAGGGUCCAUUGCUUGGCUGUGUUCCAGGGGGCUCUUGCCAUCGAGGUGCGGACCAGAGACGAGGACAUCCUGGAGAUGGUGUCUGUUCUGCACGACCCCAACACGGUCCUGCGCUGUAUUGCAGAGCGAGCCUUCCUCAGACGACUGGCAAGUCUUACUCUGUCUCCUAGAUGUUUUAUUAUAGUGUGUCCAGUGUAUCUGUGAAUUGUUGGCUGCUAGUGUAUUGUCGAUGCUUCUUAAUAUAGAUACUCAUAAAGGACCAGUUUCCUAGACACAGAUUAGCCUAGGCCUAGUCCUGGACUAAAAAGCAUGCUCAAUGGAGAAUCACCAUUGAAAGGGCUUUUUAGUCUAGGACGUGUUUAAUCUGUGUCUGGGAAACCGGCCAUUAAGGUACAAUAGUAAGUGAAAGUAGAAGAAUUUACAGUAAAAAAAUAAACACUGAAACCUGCCCGAACAAGGAGGGGAGGCAGCCUCGGCGGAAGUCGUGACAGUACCCCACCGAGCCGCGCGACACAUGAAACGAGGGGUUAAUACGGUAAUCAGGGGGAAGUAAUAACCUAUAAGUGACCUCGUUGACUAUCCUCAGGACUUUGAACGGCCCCACAAACCGCGGGCUCAGCUUCCGGCAGGGCAGGCGGAGGGGCAGAUUCCGGGUCGAGAGCCAGACCCGAUCCCCCGGUACAAAGACGGGGGACUCACUGCGGUGGCGGUCAGCGUUGGCCUUCUGACCACGCACAGCGCGUUGGAGGUAAACGUGGGCAGCAUCCCACAUCUCCUCCGCGUGCCGAAACCAGUCAUCCACCGCAGGAGCCUCAGUCUGGCUCUGGUGCCACGGUGCCAGAACCGGUUGGUAACCUAGAAUACACUGGAAAGGUGUUAGGUUAGUGGAGGAGUGUGGAGAGAGUUCUGGGCAUAUUCUGCCCAUGGCAAGAACACCGACCACUCCCCCGGCCGGUCCUGGCAGUAGGACCGCAGGAGGAACCUACCCACGUCCUGAUUUACCCGUUCUACCUGCCCAUUACUCUCGGGGUGGAACCCAGAUGUCAGGCAGACCGAGACCCCCAGACGUUCCAUGAACGCCUUCCAGACCUUGGACGUGAACUGGGGACCUCGGUCAGACACUAUAUCCACUGGUACCCCGUAGUGCCGGAAGACGUGUGUAAACAGGGCCUCCGCAGUUUGCAGAGCCGUGGGGAGACCGGGCAGAGGAAGGAGGCGGCAGGGUUUAGAAACACGGUCCACAACGACCAGGAUGGUAGUGUUAUCUUGGGAGAGGGGAAGAUCAGUUAGAAAAUCAACACUUAGGUGAGACCAUGGUCGUUGUGGAACUGGUAAAGGUUGUAACUUACCAGCUGGGAGGUGCCUAGGUGCCUUACUCUGGGUGCACACUGUGCAGGUGGAGACAUACACCCUCACGUCCUUAGCCAAGGUAGGCCACCAGUAUUUUCCGGUCAGGCAGCGCACUGUACGGCCGAUACCUGGGUGACCAGAGGAGGGUGACGUGUGUGCCCAGUAGAUCAGACGAUCACGGAUAAGAGCAGGCACGUACUGUAGCCCAUCUGGACACUGUGGUGGAAAGGGAUCCGUGCGUAAUCCCUGCUCUAUAUCGGCGUCCUUCGCCCAUACUACCGGCGCCACAAUGCAGGAGGCCGGCAGUAUGGGAGUGUUGUCUCUGGGCCUCUCCUCUGUGUCAUACAGCCGGGACAGCGCGUCUGCCUUGACGUUCUUCGUACCCAGGAUGUAUGAUAGAGUGAAAUCAAACCGGGUCAAGAAUAUGGCCCACCUGGCCUGGCGAGGAUUCAGCCUCCUCGCUGCCCGGAUGUACUCCAGGUUACGGUGGUUCGUCCAGACGAGGAAAGGGUGUUUUGCCCCCUCGAACCAAUGCCUCCACACGGUCAAGGCUCGGACAACAGCCAACAGCUCCCGAUCACCAACGCCGUAGUUCUGCUCCGCCGGGCUGAGCUUCUUCGAAAAGAACGCACAGGGGCGGAGCUUGGGUGGCGUAUCCGAGCGUUGAGACAGGACAGCUCCUAUCCCAACCUCGGACGCAUCCACCUCCACUACGAACGGUAGUGAUGAAUCGGGGUGGGCCAGUACUGGGGCUGAGGUGAACAGACCCCGCAGUUUGCUGAAGGCCAGGUCAGCCUCAGCAGAGCAGCGGAGCCGGGACGGCCCACCCUUCAACAGAGAGGUAAUGGGAGCUGCGACCUUGCCAAAGCCCCGGAUAAACCUCCGAUAAUAGUUGGCAAAGCCAAGGAAGCGCUGCACCUCCUUAACCGUGGUUGGAGUCGGCCAAUUACGCAUGGCUGAAAUGCGAUCUCCCUCCAUCUCCACACCUGAGGUUGAAAUGCGGUAUCCAAGGAAGGAGACUGACUGCUGGAAAAAAAAUACACUUCUCUGCCUUAGCAUAAAGGUCAUUUUCCAACAGUCGGGCCAGCACCUUGCGAACCAGGGACACAUGCUCGGCGCGCGUAGUGGAAUACACCAGGAUGUCAUCAAUGUAGACCACUACACCGCGACCAAGCAUGUCCCGAAACACCUCGUUCACAAAGGACUGGAAAACUGAGGGAGCAUUCAUCAAACCAUAGGGCAUCACCAGGUAUUCAUAAUGCCCUGUGGUUGUGCUGAAUGCUGUCUUCCACUCAUCUCCCUCUCGGAUACGCACCAGGUUGUAGGCACUCCUGAGAUCUAAUUUGGUGAAGAAGCGCGCCCCAUGCAUUGAUUCAAUCACUGAAGGAAGGAGGGGGAGAGGAUAACUAAAUCUUAUCGUCUCCCUGUUCAGUGGUCGAUAAUCAAUGCAUGGGCGCAGACCUCCGUCCUUCUUUUUCACAAAGAAGAAACUCAAGGAGGUGGGUGAAGUGGAGGAACGUAUAUACGCCUGGCGCAGGGACUCGGUGACAUAUGUUUCCAUAGCCACCGUUUCAGCCUGUGACAGGGGGUAUACAGUGGGGGAAAAAAGUAUUUAGUCAGCCACCAAUUGUGCAAGUUCUCCCACUUAAAAAGAUGAGAGAGGCCUGUAAUUUUCAUCAUAGGUACACGUCAACUAUGACAGACAAAUUGAGAAAAAAUAAUCCUGAAAAUCACAUUGUAGGAUUUUUUAUGAAUUUAUUUGCAAAUUAUGGUGGAAAAUAAGUAUUUGGUCACCUACAAACAAGCAAGAUUUCUGGCUCUCACAGACCUGUAACUUCUUCUGUCCUCCACUCGUUACCUGUAUUAAUGGCACCUGUUUGAACUUGUUAUCAGUAUAAAAGACACCUGUCCACAACCUCAAACAGUCACACUCCAAACUCCACUAUGGCCAAGACCAAAGAGCUGUCAAAGGACACCAGAAACAAAAUUGUAGACCUGCACCAGGCUGGGAAGACUGAAUCUGCAAUAGGUAAGCAGCUUGGUUUGAAGAAAUCAACUGUGGGAGCAAUUAUUAGGAAAUGGAAGACAUACAAGACCACUGAUAAUCUCCCUCAAUCUGGGGCUCCACGCAAGAUCUCACCCCGUGGGGUCAAAAUGAUCACAAGAACGGUGAGCAAAAAUCCCAGAACCACACGGGGGGACCUAGUGAAUGACCUGCAGAGAGCUGGGACCAAAGUAACAAAGCCUACCAUCAGUAACACACUAUGCCGCCAGGGACUCAAAUCCUGCAGUGCCAGACGUGUCCCCCUGCUUAAGCCAGUACAUGUCCAGGCCCGUCUGAAGUUUGCUAGAGUGCAUUUGGAUGAUCCAGAAGAGGAUUGGGAGAAUGUCAUAUGGUCAGAUGAAAACAAAAUAGAACUUUUUGGUAAAAACUCAACUCGUCGUGUUUGGAGGACAAAGAAUGCUGAGUUGCAUCCAAAGAACACCAUACCUACUGUGAAGCAUGGGGGUGGAAACAUCAUGCUUUGGGGCUGUUUUUCUGCAAAGGGACCAGGACGACUGAUCCGUGUAAAGGAAAGAAUGAAUGGGGCCAUGUAUCGUGAGAUUUUGAGUGAAAACCUCCUUCCAUCAGCAAGGGCAUUGAAGAUGAAACGUGGCUGGGUCUUUCAGCAUGACAAUGAUCCCAAACACACCGCCCGGGCAACGAAGGAGUGGCUUCGUAAGAAGCAUUUCAAGGUCCUGGAGUGGCCUAGCCAGUCUCCAGAUCUCAACCCCAUAGAAAAUCUUUGGAGGGAGUUGAAAGUCUGUGUUGCCCAGCGACAGCCCCAAAACAUCACUGCUCUAGAGGAGAUCUGCAUGGAGGAAUGGGCCAAAAUACCAGCAACAGUGUGUGAAAACCUUGUGAAGACUUACAGAAAACGUUUGACCUGUGUCAUUGCCAACAAAGGGUAUAUAACAAAGUAUUGAGAAACUUUUGUUAUUGACCAAAUACUUAUUUUCCACCAUAAUUUGCAAAUAAAUUCAUUAAAAAUCCUACAAUGGGAUUUUCUGGAUUUCUUUUCCUCAUUUUGUCUGUCAUAGUUGACGUGUACCUAUGAUGAAAAUUACAGGCCUCUCUCAUCUUUUUAAGUGGGAGAACUUGCACAAUUGGUGGCUGACUAAAUACUUAUUUUCCCCACUGUAUAUGACUCCUGGGAGGUACAGCGUCUACCCAGAGGUUUAUCGCGCAACAGCCCGCCCGAUGAGGUGGUAAUUUAGUAGCCUGCGUUUUAGAGAACGCUUGCACCAGAUCUAGGUAUUCAGGGGGAAUGCACACGGUGGAGGUACUGUCUGGACUUUCCACCGUGGUUGCACCAACGGAAACACCAAGACACCUACCCUGACACUCUCACGACCACCCUGUGAGAACCAUCUGCAUGAGAAGAUGGGGUUGUGGAGUGCUAGCCAAGGGAUACCUAAUACCACACCGUGUCGGCCCACUCCAGGGCUUUCCCACAGAGGCAGGAAACGAGGACGGACACCUUCUCCCGCUCCGAUGGUGCCGGCCUGAUGCUGGCAAAGUAAAGCUCCAAUUGGAGGAGGAAUCCCUGGCACAGCGCCGCUGUCCACUCAAACGCCCGUGGUCAGGAUAUCUGGAUCCCUGCUGGGGUGUAGGUGGCUGGAUCCGGUUGGCCAGCUGGUCUUGACAGAUCGGGUCCGCUCCUCUCCAGGCAUUGGACGACCUGAAGAACCUGAUCCAUCGCUUCCCCCAAGCUGGCCAGCGUCGUGAAGUGCUCCUGGACCCGUGCCACGACUCCAGGCAUGCACUCUUCUCCUGCUGACUCCAUAGCGGGUGGGUGAUUCUGUGAUGCGUGUGAUAGGAGUCAGGCACAGGAGAGUAAUACGCAUCCAAAGAGUUUAUUCCGUCGAUAAACAGUUGAGCAAGCAUGCGACAACAAAACUCAGGCACAGGGGAAAUAUCUACCCUGGCAACAACAAGGUAAGGGUAGCUCAACCGAGCUACACACAGCUCACUACAAACAAUCACCCACACAGACAAGGAAGCAGAGGGAACACUUAUACAAUAACUCAAUUGGGGAUAAGAACCAGGUGUGUGUGAUUAAUUAGACAAGACAAGUGGAGUGAUGAUAAAUGGAUCGGCAGCAGCUAGUAAGCCGGUGACGACGAAACCUGCCCGAACAAGGAGGGGAGGCAGCCUCGGCGGAAGUCGUGACAUAUUCUUUCAAUUUUUUAUAAUGGAUUUAAUGGUGCUCCGUGGGAUGUUCAAAGUUUCAGAUAUUUUUUUAUAACCCAACCCUGAUCUGUACUUCUCCACAACUUUGUCCCUGACCUGUUUGGAGAGCUCCUUGGUCUUCAUGGUGCCGCUUGCUUGGUGGUGCUGCAGAACAGGUGUAUAUAUAUACUGAGAUCAUGUGACACUUAGAUUGCACACAGGUGGACUUCAUUUAACUAAUUAUGUGACUUCUGAAGGUAAUUGGUUGCACCAGAUCUUAUUUAGGGGCUUCAUAGCAAAGGGGGUGAAUACAUAUGCACGCACCACUUUUCCGUUAUUUAUGUUUUAGAAUUUUUUGAAACAAGUUAUUUUUUAAAUUUCACUUCACCAAUUUGGACUAUUUUGUGUAUGUCCAUUACAUUUACAUUUUACAUUUUUAGUCAUUUAGCAGACGCUCUUAUCCAGAGCGACUUACAGUUAGUGAAUACAUAUAUUUUUAUACUGCCCCCCCGUGGGAAUCGAACCCACAACCCUGGCGUUGCAAACGCCAUGCUCUAUCAACUGAGCUACAUCCCUGCCGGCCAUUCCCUCCCCUACCCUGGACGACACUGGGCCAAUUGUGCGCCGCCCAUGAGUCUCCCGGUCGCGGCCGGCUGCGACCGAGCCUGGAUUCGAACCAGGAUCUCUAGUGGCACAGUUAGCACUGUGAUGCAGUGCCUUAGACCACUGCGCCACUCAGGAGACUCAAUUACAUGAAUUCCAAAUAGAAAUCCAUUUAAAUUACAGGUUGUAAUGCAACAAAAUAGGAAAAACGCCAAGGGGGAUGAAUACUUUUGCAAGGCACUGUAACUAUCUGCAUUGACCCUUUUUGCACCAACUUUUUUUGCCCCAUCACAUACGCUGCUGCUACUGUUUAUUAUCUGUCAUGUUGACUAAUCACUUUAUUCCUAGUUAUUCAGUAUGUACAUAUCUACCUCAAUUACUUCGUACCCCUGCACAUCGACUCGGUACUGGUACCCUGUGUAUAUAGCCAAGUUAUCAUUACUCAUUGUGUAUUUAUUAUUACUUUUAUUAUUACGUAUUAUUACUUUUCUAUUAUUUCUCUAUUUUAUUUCUCUCUGCAUUGUUGGGAAGGGCCCAUAAUUAAGCAUUUCACUGUUAGUCUUCACCUGUUGUUUACAUUUUAUUUGAUUAAUUUAUAAUUCAGAAAAUGGAUACUGCAAAUGUCUAUUUUAUUGUAUGUCCCAUUAUAUUUGACUGUCUACACUCCAGUGUAAUCACUCUCGCUUGUUGUAGGAGGGGGGUUGCAGUGUACCAGUUGCUGUCCACACUGAAGUCAAGGACUCUCAGGUAAGGGCUUAUGACAUUUGCUAAGGUGUGCGUUAUUGCGUAUCCAUGGUUACGUGCGUGCAUGCUUUUGUAACUGUAGUGUUCUAUUAACCCCAGCUCUACCUGACGGGUGCAGUGUACAGCCUGGAUGGUUCAGACAGUCUCAAGGAGACCAUGCAGACCAGCAUUGCUUCAGACAAUAAGGUCAGACUACUGAUUUCUCACUCCCAGUCAGAACACAAGUGAACUCUUCUCAUUAAACAUAUCAGCUCACCAAGGGGCUCCCUUCUCAGGGCAUAUUUAUUUGGUUUAUUUAAGCUGUCUUUCCUCUGUGGUAGGUGGAAGAGCAAGUUGAUGAGCGGGUCCAGCGUGUUGGCGUCACAGCGAACAACAUGCCAGGCCCGGCCCAGGAUGCUUCUGAGAAGCUAGGUCUAGACCUGGCCAAUCUACUGCUGAGUAAAGGGGCUAAGGAGAUCCUUACCGUGGCCAGGCAGCUCAACGAUGCGCGAUAAACUCACUCUGUGCCCCCAGCUGGGUCUGGAGGUGUAACCUGCACUCACCGGUAGUCCACACUGAUAUUAAAGCUCUAACAUGACUGACUGAGGAUUCAUGAUAUAGAAUAGCACUGUCAGCACCACCAGACGUGGGUUCGAAUAGUAUUCGUUUUCGUUCAAAGUUUGAUUGAGCCUGCUUGGAGUGCCAGAACAUUAACGUACAGGUAACUGCCAAAAUAAUG